CCCCGGCUGUGCGGGGCUUGGGUGGUCACGGGUCCCUGGUGCGUGUCGGUGACGGUCUCCCGGUGAUGCUUCCAGGUGCGCGGGGAUCUGCUCGUACGAAGGGAAGGGCGGCAUGUGCUCCAUCCGCCUCAGCGAGCCGCUCCUGAAGCUGCGACCCAGGAAGGACCUCGUGGAGUGCCUCGGGGUUACAGGCUUUCAGACCCUCUUGCAUGAGAUGAUCCAUGCCUACUUAUUUGUCACUAAUAACGAUAAAGACCGGGAAGGGCACGGCCCCGAGUUUUGUAAGCACAUGCAUCGCAUCAAUCGCCUGACUGGAGCCAACAUUACGAUAUACCACACCUUCCACGACGAGGUGGACGAGUACCGGCGCCAUUGGUGGCGCUGCGAUGGGCCGUGCCAGUUCCAAAAACCCUACUACGGCUACGUGAAGCGUGCAACCAACAGGGCUCCCUCCGCGCACGACUACUGGUGGGCUGAGCACCAGAGCACCUGUGGGGGCACUUACAUCAAAAUCAAGGAACCGGAGAACUACUCCAAAAAAGGCAAAGGAAAGACAAAGCUCGCAGCAGCGGAGAAUAAAGAUAAAACGAAUGGAGUUGUGCCGUUUAGCGGGAGAGGCCAUGUCCUGGGAGAAACAAACAAUCUCCUGUCCUCUGGGAGGUUCACCACUUCACGUGCUAAUAAAACCCAGGACCCUUCAGGUCCAGACCACUCAGCCAGUGCUGUGAGAUGGAAUGCAAAAACGGAAGCGAAAUUUGAACAGAACGGUUCCAGGAAAAAAACGGCCUCCCCUGUGCUUAACACCAGUCGCCAGAGCGUGGUGAGCAACUACUUCCCCCGAGCGUCAGUGGCCAACCAGAAGGCGUUCAGGAGUGUGAGCGGGUCCCCCACGAAGGGCGCCGCGGUGGGCGACACGGGGAAGAGCUCCGCCUCGGCCGUUUCUCAGAGAAGGACUUCCUCCUCCAAGGCCGCCCUCAGGAACUCGCUCAAAGCGGUGGAGGUGAUGUCCGAGACUGCGUCCCGGGACAGGAGCCGGGCCGAAGCCGAACCCCCCAGGAAACAGCGCCGGCGGGAAGACAAGACGGUUUUUGACAAUUUUUUCAUCAAGAAAGAGAAAACACGAAGCGACGGCGGCUGUGAUCCCCAGUGCAGCUCACGCCCUGCGGCUGCAACGCAGAGUUCCGGCAGCUCCACCAGCCAGAGCACCACAGUGGCUUGUCCUGUGUGUCAGAGUGAGGUGCUGGAGGCUCAGAUUAACGAGCACUUAGAUGUGUGCCUUGAAGGCGAGAGCAGCAAAGUCAAAAGAAAAAGAAAUCUUUAAAAAGAAUGGGUCUCACACACCAGCAGUGUGACCUCACCAUUCGUCAUAUUGGCAUAUUCCUAAGACGUGAGUUCCCCAGUUUUCUUUCUUCUGAACUUGGGUGCAACAUGACUUGUAUGUACAUGAGGCGCAGAGAUCCUCGGGGUGCAGCUGGGGUCCUCGCGGUGCCUCUACCCAGCUAACACCCACUCCCUGAACGUGACCACUGUUUUCUUCUCUCACCACAGGUUAGUUUAGCUCGUUUCUGAACUUCAUAAAGUAACACUUUGUUGAUAUGUGUAGCAUAAGUUCAUUCUUUUUUUAAAAAUUGCUCUGUAGUAUGUAUGUGAAUAUGCCAACAUGUCUACAUCCAUUCUAAAUUAAUGGACGUUUGAAUUACUUCCAGUCGGAGCUGGCGAUGACGAAUAAUGCUGCUAAGAACAUUGUCAUUUUCUUGGGCAUGUACCCAGGAUUGGCUUGCGGGCUCACAGGGUGUAUUUAUGGUUAGCUAUAGUCAGUGUUGCCAGUUGAUGCUCCUACCAGCAGUGUGUGAGGGUUCAGUUGUCCAGUUAACACUAUUAUCAAUCCUUGUCAUUUUAGCCUAUCUGGUUGACAGUUCACAAGUUUUGAUAUUUCUCAAGUGUGAAGUUGAAAAGUAGUAUUUAAUAAAUAUAAAUUACUUAAAAUGUGUGUAUUAUGUUGAAUAUAUGUGGUUACACAGGAGACAAAGGCAGGUUAAUUUCCAUAUGGUAAGUGCUGCCAAGGUUCCUACCAGGUGCUGUGGGAUUUAGGAUAUUGGGGGACAGCCCGGGGCUUCAGGGGACUUUCCUUGGAGAUGACAUCCGAGUUGCUCUAGGGCGAGACAAGUUGGCCUGGUAAGAGGAUAGAAAGAGUUGAAAAGAGAAGGAACACAGAAAACGCCAGGAAAUAGAGCAGCCCAUUCUACCGGAAGAACUACGCUGUUCCACAGGAAUAGAGUGAAUGUGAGGGACAUAGCGAGAAUUUUGAGGGCAGCGACCCUAUCUUACGUUGUCCGUGUGGUACCUGAAAACACACCUAUUGGUUCAGGUGGGGUGGCGCACCUGGGACUCCAGCUUGUAAGCCGUCAACAUCUGAGAAGUGUCUGAUGGAUUCUCUGCGGGCAACACAGAUGGGGGAAAGAAAGCAGUGGGAUGGAGGAUGGAAUGGAGAAGUAUUUAGGUGUAAAAUCAAGAGUUGGUCAGUUUCAAGCAAUGGUGGAAGAAAUAUGGUUAGCUAUAGAGAAUAUUGAAAUUAAAUUUGUAACUAAGCCUUCACUUUAAUCUGCUAAAUUACUUUUUAAGAAUUCUGUUACUCCCAAAUCUGAGUCAUUUACUCUAUCAAAGAAAUAGUUUCCUGUUCUAUUGAUUGAGGUUCUUCCCCUUUAAAGCAAACUUCCUACCCUAAUCCGGAGCUGGUGAUUCUGGGUCCACCUCUAAACGCUGUCUCCCUCGUUUAGGUAGAUGGGGAGUACACUUCAUUUGGGAUUUCUGAAGUCAAGGUUAUACGCUAUCUAGCAAAACUAACUCUAAAGUUAGUGUUUUGUUUUGAUGACAAAAACUUCUCUGACUGUUCCAAAGCUCUGAGACUACUUUUCCCCGAAGCUGAUAGGGUUUUUAAGUAAAUCAGAAAGUCAACGUGAAACAGCCGCUGGGUCUUGGCAAACGUGGUGCCCAGCUGUGAGCCCAAGGCCCACCCAGCAUCACCUCUCAUUGGGCUCGGGAGGACAAAGCUAAACGCUGUGGUUUGAUCGUCUUUACUGAGAGGCAAUCGUUGCCUUUCUAGCAAUCUGUUGUGGUGGCUGACUAGCAGCAGAGCCACCACAUGAGAAACUCUAAUGUACAAUCAUUACAGGUCAGAUUGCCUUGGGAGUGGAAAUGACAGAAAAGGGUGCGAUGUGGAGAUUAGCUCUGGCUUGCCUUUAUUUUUUCUGACAUUCCACUAGAAUAUGACCACAUACUUCAUCAUCACAUGAAAUAAAAAGUAAAAGACUUUCUUAAGUGA